AUGGAAGGAAGGAACACGUUAUGCACGUAGUAUAAAGCGGCUGGGCGUUCUUGUGUAGCCCACGACUCACUCCACUGCCACAGAAAGUGGGAAAAGGAGAAGAAAAAAAGAGAAGCAACACAGCCAAUGUCAGCCUGUAAUCUACUCGAGUGCCAAUACCAGUAGUGAUCAAGAAGCUUUCCAUUCCAUUUUUGCUACCACACCCACUUAUCCUUCCAUGCUUGUUAUUUGAUUUUCACAACCGUGCAGGCCACUAUGAUCCUGGCAAUUUGACUUCUUCACUCCCACAAACGUUUCUUUAGCAAUCCUUGUUCUUUGGUUCUUCUUCUAAAAUGGCCGCCAAUGGAGCAUUCCCAAUCUCCGUGGCGUCCUUUGUGGAAAAUGUUCUUCAACAUCAUGAGAGCGGAUCACGGUCUCUCGAUUUUGACGCCCGUCGAGCCGAAGAAGCGGCAAUGAGGAGAUAUGAGGCAGCAGCAUGGCUGAGAAAGAUGGUGGGAGUGGUGGGAGCAAAGGAUUUGCCAGGAGAGCCAUCUGAGGAAGAACUCAGGCUUGGCUUAAGGAGUGGUAUUAUUCUAUGCAAUGUUCUCAAUAAAAUUCAACCUGGAGUUGUUCCCAAGGUGGUUGAAAAUCCAUGUGAUGCAUCAUUGCUUCCUGAUGGAGCAGCUUUGUCUGCCUAUCAAUACUUUGAGAAUGUCAGAAAUUUUCUGGUGGCCGUGCAAGAACUGGGAAUACCCACUUUUGAGGCAUCUGAUCUUGAACAAGGCGGGACAUCUUCUAGGAUUGUCAACUGUGUUUUGGGCCUCAAAUCCUACAGUGAAUGGAAACGGUCAGGUGGAAUUGGUGUUUGGAAAUUUGGCGGGAAUGUGAAGCCCACAACGUGUUUAAAACAAAUCUCCCGCAAAAAUCUUGAUCCGUUCAUGAGCUCUUCGUCAAGGACCAUUAAUGAGAAACCUGUGAAUGGAGAAGGAACUGAGACUGAAACUGAAACUAAUAGAACGCCUGACUCUUCUUGGAGCAUGCUUGUUCGAUCGGUUCUUUUGGAUAAGAAGCCUGAAGAGGUUCCUAAUCUUAUUGAGUCUGUCCUGAACAAGGUUGUGGAGGAGUUUGACCUUCGCAUUGCAAGCCAAAUUGAAACGCAAAGAAGAGCAACUCUCAAGGAUUCAGUUGUUUCUCAUGUUCAGAAACCAGUUUCUAAACAACCAUCUGGUAAUACAAAGGUUGAACAAAGAAAGACUACAAUAAUGAAGAAAGAGGAUUUUCUGAAGAACAAUAAUAUCAUUGACAAAGAACAUCAAAGAAGAUGUCUUAAGCACCAGAUCAUUGUUAACCAACAACAGGAGUGUCUGAAGGAAUUGAAACGAGCUCUUUCAUCUACAAAAGCGGGUGUACAGUUCAUGCAAAUAAAAUUUCACGAGGAAAUCAAAAACAUUGGCCUGCACAUACAUGGUUUGGCCCAUGCAGCUUCAGGUUAUCAUAGAGUUCUUGAGGAAAACCUCAAACUUUACAAUCAAGUGCAGGAUCUUAAAGGAACCAUAAGAGUUUACUGCAGAGUGAGGCCCUUCUUGCCUGGGCAAUCAAGUUAUAUGAGUAGUGCCAUAGAUCAGAUUGAAGAUGGUAUGAUUACAAUUAACACCCCAUCAAGACAUGGGAAAGGACAAAGGUCUUUCAAUUUCAACAAAGUUUUUGGACCAUCAGUCACUCAAGGGGAGGUGUUUUCAGACACACAGCCUCUAAUUAGAUCAGUCCUUGACGGUUACAAUGUUUGUAUUUUUGCAUAUGGGCAAACAGGAUCAGGGAAAACCUAUACCAUGACCGGACCUAUAGAGCUCACAGAACAAACUCAAGGGGUGAACUACAGGGCCUUGAGCGAUUUAUUCCUUCUUGCAGAGCAAAGAAAGGACACUUUUCACUAUGAUGUGUUUGUUCAAAUGAUUGAGAUCUAUAAUGAGCAAGUUAGGGACCUCCUUGGUUCUGAUGGGUUGAACAAAAGAUUAGAAAUCCGUAGAUGCUCUCAGGGACUCACAGUGCCAGAUGCUAGUGUGGCCCGUGUGACAUCAACUUUAGAUGUUAUUGAUUUGAUGAAGAUAGGGCAAAGGAAUCGUUCAGUAGGGGAAACUGCACUGAAUGACCAUAGUAGCCGCUCUCACAGUUGCUUAACUGUUCAUGUCCACGGGCAAGACCUUACUACUGGAACUGUUCUUCGUGGUUGUAUGCAUUUGGUUGAUCUUGCUGGAAGUGAGAGGGUAGAUAAGUCUCAAGUCACUGGGGAUAGACUCAGAGAGGCACAACACAUUAAUAAAUCUCUUUCUGCUCUUGGUGACGUCAUCUCUGCACUUGUUCAGAAGAAUGCACAUGUCCCUUACCGUAACAGCAAACUUACACAAUUGCUCCAAGACUCCCUUGGAGGACAUGCCAAGACGUUGAUGUUUGUCCACAUCAGCCCUGAAGCUGAUGCUGUUGGAGAAACAAUUAGCACCCUUAAAUUUGCAGAGAGAGUAGCUGGAGUUGAACUUGGUGCCGCAAGGGUAAACAAAGAUUAUACAGAUGUGAAAGAGCUUAAAGAACAGAUAGCUAGUCUGAAGGCCGCAUUAGCAAAGAAAGAAGCAGAACCUAUCUCCACACAACAUAAGCUUCACAGCAGUCCACAUAACAGGAAACCAUCAGCUUGCCCAGAUAAUUUACUAAAUGGUAAUGAGAGACUGAAAAUCUCAAGUCCUCACAGGAAACUGAUAGGAGAAGUAGAUCACAUUGAGGGGAACAAGUCUAAAUUAAUGGAAAAGAGACAAAGCUUUGAUCUUGAUGAGUUGCUAGGAAAUCCCCCGCUCUGGUCAUCUGUCAGCAGUCCAAGUGAAAAAAGCUAUAGAGGAGACAAUAAUAAUAAGCAGCAUGGUAGCUCAGGUGACUGGGUAGACAAAGUGAUGGUGAACAAACAAGAGUCGUUGCAAAGAAUGGAAAGCGCGUUCGGUGGUUGGCAAUCUGAUGAUGUUUUUUAUCAGAAAUAUCUCACAGAUCCCUUCAAACCUCUCCCGAGAAAAACCUGCAAUCAAUUUGGCUUCACAACCACUGAUGAUCUGGAUGAACUUGAUGCCGCAACAAGUGAUUCAUCCGAACCAGAUUUGCUUUGGCAGUUCAACCAUUCUAAAUUUGGCAACGGUGUAGGGUCAACAACUCCUCCAAGACUAAUUAUGAAACCGAUGAAGAGUCCACAACAACAGCCUAGGACCACCACGUCUAACAAAACGGCACCUUCACCCUCAAGAAAGCCUGGUAGCGGGGUUGCAAGACAUUCCAUGUUAGCUGAAGUGAACCGUAAAACUGGAAAGAGAAAGUAGAGAGGCUUCUGUAGAGAAUGUUUUAAGAUUCUUUUAUUUGUUCCCUUUGGUUUUUGAUUGGGGAGUGGAGAGAUACAAAGGUUUGAUUGUGCAGAGCUUUUUGGGUGGCACCUCUUUGUCUCGCUGUGAUUUCUUUGUUCUCUUUGUUGUGUGUUGCUUACGUACAUAGGCCUCAGUGACUAUGAUAGCCCAUCCCACUUGUGUAUAUAUAUUCUUUUUGGGUGUUUCCUUGAGUUGAAAGAUUAGCAGUGUGCAGAAAGGUAAUUACCAGUAGUUUAUAUACCAUGUUUGGAAGACAAUGGCAUGUAAAUUUUGAUAUACUUUGGUUGAAGUGUGAUUUUUUCCUGAACUUUUUUUAUUUCGUG